AUGGAGUCAAAAACCAUCAAAGUGAUGAAUCGGGACAUGGUCAAGUUGGAUCGGUUCGACGGCAACAACUUCUCACGUUGGAAGGACAAAAAGAUGUUUCUGCUUACGGCUUUGAAGAUAUCAUAUAUUCUGGACCCGAAUCUGGUGCCUAUUGAAGAUCCUAUUCCUACCACCGAAGGGCAAGAACCAAAUGUCGAAGAAAUUGAGAGGGUGAAUAAGGCAAAGAAGAAACAUGAUGAAGACGAACUACUCUAUCGUGGGCACAUUCUCAAUACGCUGUCCGAUCGAUUGUAUGACUUGUUCAUGGAAAUGAAGUCUGCUAGGGAAAUCUGGAAUGCACUUGAAUUCAAAUACAGAGCAGGGGAACAAGGUACUAACAAAUAUCCGAUUGUUAAAUACUUUGAUUUCAAAUUCAUUGAUACUAAACUCCUUUUGGAGCAAGUCCAUGAACUACAAGUUCUAGUGAACAAAAUUCGUGCUCUCAAAAUUGACAUACCAGAAGCAUUUCAAGUUGGAGCAAUCAUUACUAAAUUGCCUUCAAGUUGGAAGAAUUAUGGGAAAAGACUUAUGCACAAGACAGAUGAUGUAACUUUGGUUCAACUCUAG